AUGGCUCUGGACGCGGUCUUCCUCUUGGUCGAGGCCUUCAAGACACCAUGGACUUGUGCGAUCCUUACUCUCGUGACCGUGGGCUUCCUCCUGAUCGACUUCCCCACGGUGUACCCAGGAGUCCCACUGCUGGGCGCCCGCCGGGGGACUCUUGAUCGCAGGGCUGCCGGGAGAGAAUUUCGGUUGAGAGGACGUGAAAUGGUCCAGGAGUUUGCCAAGACAAAUAAGCCGUUCCAGAUUAUUACAGAAACUGGUACAAAGAUCUUCCUCCCGGUGCGGUAUGCAGAGGAGAUCAAGGAUAUCAAGGAAUUGAGCUUCACACAGGCACUUGCCAAGGAGUUAUUCGCCGGGUAUAGUGGCUUCGAGCCCAUUGCCGCCAUCGCAGAUGAGUCCAACAUCAUCCAGACAGUUGCUCGGUUGAACAUAACUACGUCUCUGAAGUACCUCACCGACGAUGUUUCGACCGAGGCAGCAGCCGCACUGGCAGAAUCCCUCGGCAAUGACACAGAAGAAUGGCGGGCGGUUCUUGUCAAGCCGUUCACUCGCAACUUAGCAGCUCGUCUCUCCGCCCGCGUGUUUGUCGGCCCGUCCCUAUGCGCAGACAAGGCCUGGCUAGCCGUGUCCGCAGGCUACGCGGCGCAGUGCCACAUUGCAUCGUUCAAGCUCCAGGCCUGGCCGCGGCCACUACGAAAGGCUGCGAACUGGCUUCUACCUGAAUGCCGGGCGUUGAGGAAGAUGGUGGGCCAAGCUAGGCGGAUCCUAAAGCCAAUCGUUGCCGAGCGGCAUGGGAAGCCACGAGAGGAUACGAUUUCGUGGCUUCAGAAGGCCCUCCGAGCAUCCAAGCUCACCCGCUACACCGUCGCCGAUUUUCAACUCGGCCUGAGCCUGGCCGCCAUUCAUACCACCACAGAGCUGCUCACCCAUGCACUGCUGGACAUUGUCGCUGCCGGGCCCGAUUUGAUCGAUGAUCUGCGCAAAGAGAUUAUCAACGUCUUUGGCGAAAGCAGCUCCGAUGGCUCCGUGUUCACCAAGACUAGACUGUACAAUAUGCGGCUGCUGGACAGUGCCAUCAAGGAGUCGCAGAGGGUACACACCGCGCGGCUAGGCGGAAUGGGCCGCGUAGCCACAAAACCAACAACCCUGCCCUCGGGCCUGCACAUCCCCAGGGGCGCGUACACGACCGUGCUGCUGACCUCGCACUCGGACCCGGAUCUUUUCCCAUCGCCAGAGACCUACAACCCGCGUCGCUUCCUCGAAAUGCGCUCCCGCCCAGGCCAGGACAAGAACUGGCAGCUGGUGACGACCUCGCCGCACCACCUGGCGUUUGGAUACGGGGCCCAUGCGUGCCCGGGUCGAUUCUUGGCCGCUGCAGAGGUCAAGAUCGCGCUGGUGAGGCUCCUCAUGGGCUAUGACUGGCGGGUUCAAGGCGGGAGGAGUGGAGAUGUUGGGCUGGUUAGUGCACUUCGGGUUGCCGAUCCGACGGCGCGGGUUUGGUACCGGGCGAGGGAGAGUGAAGUGUCGUUUUGA